AUGUGUAUAAUGGAAAAUUAAUUAAUUAAAUUUCAAAAAUACAGAAGAAUUAGCGAUGGUUUUAAAAAAUUUAUAAGUCUUUAUUAGUCUAGAGGAGGACCCAAGAAUUAAGUGCUUUAUGACGGAGAUAAGAGGAACUCCAUCAGAACAUACAAUGAUAACUCAAACACCAGACAAGGAUUCAAAAUCGGAUGGGACAUUGAUCAAUCUAGAAAGGGAGACACCAAAAUAGCUGGAAAAGUGGGACAAGAUCAAAGAAAUUCAUACAUCCCCUAAUAUCAAACAUAAACCUAUGUGCCAGUUGUGGAAUAAAAUCAAGAUGACGAUUACAUGAAGUAGUUGUACCUUCAAGAAAUGAACAAAAAGCAAGAGCUCGCUGCCUUGUAUAAGCAACCCGAGUAUAAUUACUAGGAUGCUUUGGAUAGUUAUAAUAAUGGAAAACAAUAUUCAAAUAAUAAUAACCCUUCCAACACUUAUGAACAACCAUAAUUGUUGCAAUAAUCUAACAAAUAUGAUCACUAUCAAUAGCCAAAUGUCGAAGAGGAGCUCUAUUAUAAGUACAAAUAAGGGAACAGUGGAAGUAAACAGUAGAAUACUGGUAAACCACCAGUAGCCUCUUAUCAUCCUAUUACAGGAUAGGCUUAUGAAAAUGCCUACACUAACCAAAGAGUUCAAGAACCCUAACAAUAAUAGCAGUAGGAUGAUGCACUUAGUUAAUUUAGUUAAUUGCAAUAACACAAAGUAACCUCGAUGAAGAACAAAACUUCAAACAUCUUCAACACAGAUAUUCAGGAGACUGAGAACAUCAACCACAAUAGACAAAAUAGCAGAGUCUUAAAUAAAAGAAAAGAAAUGGACGAUGCUCAGUAUAAGGGAUAUGGCUAGUUCUACAAGAAUCCAAUUGAUGCAGUCCCAACUCAAUAUAGGGAGUAAAAGUUUGUUAAUAGAAACAUGAUUGACAAUCAGAUAUUUCCAAAAUGA